AUGAGUAAAAAAGAAAGAAAAGCUCGUUCAUUGGUGAAAACCAGUGAACCAACAGCGUCUGCGCAAGAAUCUAAUACUGAAAACAGAUCAUCAGCGUCUGCAUUGACAACAUCUUCAUCCAUUAUCAAAGGUGUAUGCGAUGAUAGUUUACUUAAUGGAACAUGUGAAAAUAUAAAUUGCAAUCUGUUACAUCUCAAUGAAUCCAUACAACUUACUGAUGGUCAUUUUCACGACCGCCUAUUACCAGAAAAUUGGUCAUGCGCUAUUGAACCAUUGAAAAAUAUUGAACAGUUCAUCGGUAUUACUAAUGUCCACAAAUCAUCGAUGUGGAAUAAUACCGUUUCAAUCGUACCAGAAUCUCUCAAAUCUAAAAUUCGACUGUAUGAAGCAUAUGGUAUUCAUCCACGCUAUUUGGAUACUGAUCCACAUAAUGAUUUACUCGAGCUUCGUAAUCUGAUACAAACACGUCCUAUGGUAGCUGUAGGCGAAUGUGGUCUUGAUGUACUUAAUAGUGGACAAUUAUCAUUACAAACUGAAAUAUUUACAUCGCAAAUCGAAUUAGCUAAUGAAUUUCAUCUACCACUUAUUAUUCAUUGUCGCCAAUUGGACCAGCAACUAUUUGAUAUUCUUAAAAGAACUGCGUUAGAUUCAUCAAUGAAAAUUCAGUGGCAUUGUUGUCAUUCGAAAGGUGCAUCUGUUUAUCGUGAAUUUCUCGAUUAUUUCCCAUCGAGUUUAUUAAGUAUUGGUGGUAUGUGUUGUCAUUCAGGUGAAAAAAGUAUACAAAAAUUAGUAAGAGAACUGUUUGAAUCGGAAACGAAUGAAAAUCAACGAAGAUUUGUAUUUGAAACGGACUCGCCUUAUCUAAAAUCUUCAUCAUUGUUGAUUAAUACAGACAACAAUUGUCCAAUAUUAGGCACUUUAACAGCAAGUGCUUAUGUAACAAGAAACAUUUUAAAAAAUGAUCAAUGGACAGAAAAUUUAAAAUUAAAUACAAAUAGGCUUCAGCAAUUUUUUAAUUUGAAAUAA